UGAAACAAUACGAGGGAACAACUUGAGUUUUUCUUUCCAUAGGAUUUAUUUUGCCCAAACGCUGGCUCUUCAUUCUGGGAUUAUGUCCCUCCUACUUCAAGGGUGCUCAAUGGCCUUUAGGAAAUGAGGGAUAGGUAAAGGUGGCUCUGUCUUCUUUGAUGGUUUCUAUUGUGUUUUGGGAGCCCUCAUUGGACAAAAUAAAAAGUUGCCAACUCUAUGUUGGUUUUGCUCCCCAUACAGUAUUCUUCCUGGAAAAACAUGCUGUCUGAAAGUUUGGGAACCCAGGAGAUGGUUGGGAGAAGAGAGCAGCUUGAGGAUUGCUUAGUGCAGGAGUCCCCGAGGGAGAGAAGGAAAGAGAAAUGGGAAGAGGGACAUCGUGGAAAGUUGUGGCAACUGGGUUCAGGGGAGGCCAGGAGCCUGCCAGCUGUGGCCUCUAAAAAAAUAAAACCCAGGUGCUCACUGGCCCUGCCUUCCCACUGGCCAUUCGGAUGCUGUCCGGGGUCUGCGGCUUUCUCUCUCCUGGUUGGUGGGCAGAAGUGCCCUGUGCCUCUUUGCAUCUUAAUCCAAUGCAACAAGCAUUCUCCAGCCUGUGCCAGGCUUUGUGCUGGGAGAUUCGGGGUGAGCAAAGCCCAGUCCCUGCCCUCAAGGAGCUUGCAGACGAAGAAAAGGGUUUGUGCCAUUGAAGAUGACCAACGAGAUUGCAGUCAUUGCCCUUGACUUUGCCCAUCUGCCUUUCCAGAGGGGGCAGGCCCACUGUCACAGAAACUGGAAGAGCCACACAGGGGAGACAGUGGGAGAGCUCGGAACAGGGCAUGAGAGUGUCUUGCUGCCUCUUGGAGGCCACCAUUGUGACUAUGAACCAUACCGGGCAGAGGAAGUGGGUCAAGGAGGCCAGGGCAGCUGGGCCGGACAGGGAGAGGGCCUGGGCAUGGCAGAGGAGGGGAAAAUAGACUGACUCAGCCUCAGGAGGUCAGAAGGGUGUUGGGCUGUGCUUGGUCACAGAACAACACAGCUUGGGAGGCUCCUGGAGGCUUCAAGGGGAGGCUUAAGGCUAAGGCUGUGGAUGUUGAUUGUCAUGUCCAUUACUAGCCCAAUUAUUAGUCUGUCUUCCUGGUAAAAAUGUGUGGUUGGAAAUGCCAAACUGAGAAGCCCACUUUUCCCCACUGGGGAUCAUCUGGGUUGGCGUGUCCAUGCUCAAGGAUAAUCUCUUGCCCUUUCCUGCCCCCUGCCUAGGAUUUCUCCCCAGAGGAGAGGAGCUGAGGGGCCCCCCAGGGAGGCUGUGCCUGUGGCUGUCACCCUAUGAUGCCAGCGGCUUCCUUUGGAUUCUGUAAUCAGAGUGUUUUUCACCGGUGUCUGCAGUGAUUGCCAGGAAGCCUCUGUGUCCAUAGCCCAGCGGGAUCUUGCCCUAAUUCCCUCUCUCAUGGGGACUCAGCUAAUUCUCACCCCAAUCUCAUUGUCACCAGUCUAGGUCAGCAUUGGAGGGAGGUGUGGGCAACUACAGCCCUUGCUGCUUCCAAGACAGACAUCAAAAGAGUUGAUCACCAACCUUUCCCACUCCCCACUCUCCAGCCCAAUGGACCUCACAGUCCUCAAAACUACUCCAAGCUGCUGCCAAUCAAUCAUUUUCUUAUGUGAGCAAAACCUGUUUGACAUCCUUACACCUGUACGAGCCCUCUCAGAGAGCUCUCAAUUCUGGUCUCCUUUUCUUUUUUCUUUUUUUUUUUUGAAUUUAUGUUAAAAUUAGGAUGUUCCCAAUCAAAAAAUCAUUUUUCCUUCAUCUAGUAAUUGGGUGAGACAAACUAGCCCCAGAAAGCCGACAAUGGGAUGAACCGCCAAGUAGGACUUUUAGGGGAGGCAAAAUGGAUUAGGAAAUGCUAAGUUCUCUGUUGAAGGAGGAUACCUGGAUUCUUCAGGCUGUCAGAGAUGGAGGGCUUCCAUAGACUGCCUUGUUCCAACUUUGUACCCAUUUUACAGGUUAGGACUCUGAGACCUCAGCAGUUCUUGUUUGGCCAGUGAGCUCAGGGAGUUAGUUCCAGGAGUGGGGGUCGGUCUCUGCACCCACUGGAUGACAGCAUGAUACUGCUCAGCACUAGACAGGGUUGAGUUGGAACUCUGGUGCUGAUGGGCUGUGUGACAUUGGUCCAGUUCCUUACCACCUCCCCCCACCUAUUGGUAAGGAGGGAAGUCAGCCCUGGAGCAUUCAGUGCUCCCUGAAACAUUAGGUAUCCUAGGAUUGUGCGCGUGGGCUUGCAUCUGGAAGAGAAAUCCCUAGACUCAGCCACGAGUAACAGAAUCCCUCCUCCCCCGACCAACUUUGGCUUAAACCAGUCAGAGACUUUACUUUUCUCUCCUCCUGAGAAGUCUAGAUAUAGGCAGUUGCUGGCAUCGUCUCCUCAGGUUACAGAUGUCAGAGCCAAGGCUUUGCAACUGUCCUUCCUUUAUAUCACAGUCACUUCAUGGCCCAGGAUGCUUGCUGUACCUCCAAUUUUUCAUGUGGGUUCCAGGUAGGAAGAAGGGGAGUGAACUAGACGAAUCUGCCCUCCUCAUUAGCAGCUUUCCCAGAAGCUCCUCCAGCCACUUCCGUUCUCAUCUCAUUGGCCAGGACUGUGUCACAUGUUUUCCCCCACAUCUGCAAGGAGUCUGGGAACAUGCGCCCCAAAAAGAUGGGGGCUCUUCUAGUAAGAAUGAAGGGUAGGGUGGCUUGGAGUGGCACUUCGCUGUCUCUGCUACAAUUGGAGGAAAAAACCAGAGUUUGUCCUGACCCUCCAUGCCUUGGCCGUAUGCUCCUUGUGUGGAACUCGAAGGCAUCAUCCUUGCAGUGUGAGAGUGACCUGCCACCACGGCCUGCCACCUCCUCUCAGGGGACCCUGAGUCCUUCUACCCAAAGGCAUUGUAGACAUUCUUCCUGCAAGGCUUGGGAACCGACAAAUAGAUCUGCCCAGCUUGCCGGAGUUUUUGUGCAGGAACAGCCCCUCCCGUCUUUGUCCUGGCGGUGAGCACCCAGGGCUAAGCUUUUGAACACUUUCUUUGUGUUUGGAUUCAGCCCAGGCAGUGCAUAUUUACUUUCAUUUCUUCUUGAGCUUGAGGAGCUCCUGGGUGCAAAUCUUGGAAAAUGAGGAUCUCUGAGCCUUUCCAGGCCAGCUCUUUGUUUUCUAGCAGACAAUUGAGGCUUUGAAAAGGAAAGUGGGUGGGGGCACCCCACAGGUGGCCCUCAUCACCCAAUUGCCAUUGCCUGCAGGCUGCUUCAGCAGAGGCCCAGAGUCAAAGAGGACUUAAAACCAGCUGUCGUUUCUCCCUUAGCUUCUGUGUAUGAGAGAAACGACUUCUGUUUUUCAAAGUAAGAACAAGGAGGAAUUUGUUUCUAAAAGAACAUUAAAACACAGGCUCGUGGUCUAAAAGCAAAUGGUUCAGCAGGAUGUUCAGGGCCUUAAAGCACAGACAGCAGGACUCAGCAUCUCCCAGCACCUGCUCUCCGGUUGUCAUGGUAACAUCAUCCCCAACCCAACCACCUUGUCCAGCCGAGAGACAGCAAUCAUAAGGAGGGACCUUGGUUUCCCCCGAGGAUCCUGGGCUUCCUUUCUGAAACGCUUGCUUCUGAGCUCAGCAACCAGGAACACCAGGCCAGCCCAUCCCCAGCACCUCUGUGGAGAUGAGGGACAAAGUCCUACAGUCCCUCUUCCUGUUCUGAUGAGAAAGGGAGGGAAGAAAACAUACCCCGAGCACCUGCAAUAUGGUCAUGACACUUUCAAAAAGCCUGUGCUAUGGAGUCAUGAUCAGAAACCAGAGUGUGGAGAGGGUCAGCAGCCUGCCUCAGAGCAGCCAGCUAGAGGGGGAGUGGUAAAUUUGGGACUUGUACCCAGGCAUGACUGGCUCCGAGCCCAAUGCUCCACUCUAUGGAAUGUUCCCUGGGCCUCAGUUGCUUUCCUUUCCUUUGCAGGCCGCGGGCUGCUGCCACUCUGGCAGCUGGUGAGUUAGCUGGAGGGCAACAUUCCAAAGCAGGGGCAGCAUGCUGCUUUCCUCCUGUGCCCACUCCUGCGGGGAAGUCCGUUGACUCCCACCGCUGAAGGGAGCUGGCAACACCAGGAUGAGGUCCCAGGGGACGGGAGCAGGUACCCACUGU